UUUGUAGCCCUGCUCCAGUCCUUCAGUCACUAUAACAUCAUAGCACAGAAGCUGAAACUUCACAAAUUGAAUGUCUGCCUCUGGAUCCCAUCUCUCCUGGGACUCCUGCCUCGGAGGAUUUCAGCAAUUCUCUCAGGGAGUCAGUCUGACUGCAGCAAAAGAGCGGGGACAGCUUGUGUUCUUGGAAGGCCUGAAAUCCUGCUUUGACGUCUUUUUUGGUGAGGAGCAGCAUGUGGGGCAGACCAAUCCCCUUCAGUUUGUAAGCGAAGAUGGCUCCAACCUGAAAACCAUGUAUGAGUUUGUCCGGACAUCCCUGAUGGCCUCUGGUAGCGAUUCCUGGAAAUGCCCCGUGUUGCUGGUGGAUGAUCUCAGCGUCCUGCUCAGCCUGGGUGUGAGGCCGGUUGAUGUUUUGGAUUUCAUCCAUUACUGCAGAGUUGCAGUGUGCUCCCAGUUAAAGGGGAACAUAGUGGUGCUAGUGCACAGCAAUGAUGAUUCAGAAGAUGAGGAGAAUGAACUGGUCGUGAAUUCCCUCUGUCACCAGAGCAACCUAAUCCUUUGGGCAGAGGGGCUGACUACUGGCUUCUGUAAAGAUGUUCACGGACAGUUAAAGAUCAUUCAGAAGGGGUCAUCCGAGCUGAAAGCAGAGAAGAAUCUCCUCCGAAUCUACCAGUAUAAAAUUCAGGACAAGAACGUCACAUUUUUUGCCAGAGGGAUGUCAGCAGCUGUGUUGUGAAUUCCAAGGCCCAAUUCAGCACAGGACCUGAGGCCAAGGGGAGAGUGGUGCUGGAUACCUGGGGAAAAAACAGGAGAUGCCAGCAAUACAGCCUGGGUAUU